AUGAAGGGACCUGGAAGUGGUGCAGGAUCAGGCUCAGGAAGACCAUCCGUGGCCAACAAGCCGUCAUACCUAACAGGCGGCGCGGGUGCCAGCUCGAAUCUGGCAGGGAAACGUGGCACUGAAGAUCUGGACUUCUUUAUCGGCGACGAAGCACUUGCUGCUGCGAAUGGACCCGGCUACAGUAUACAUUAUCCCAUCAGACACGGUCAGGUCGACAAUUGGGACUACAUGGAACGCUUUUGGUCCAACUCGAUAUUCAAGUACUUGAGAGUCGAGCCGGAAGACCAUUACUUCCUCCUCACGGAGCCGCCCUUGAACCCUCCCGAGAACCGUGAGAACACCGCCGAAAUCAUGUUCGAAUCGUUCAACUGUGCUGGUCUAUACAUUGCGGUUCAAGCCGUGCUUGCUCUGGCUGCCUCGUGGACAUCUUCGAAAGUCGUGGACCGGUCUCUUACAGGAACGGUGAUCGACUCCGGGGACGGUGUCACUCAUGUCAUUCCCGUCGCCGAAGGUUACGUUAUUGGAUCGUCGAUCAAGAGUAUUCCGAUAGCCGGACGAGACAUCACCUAUUUCGUGCAGAGCCUGCUGCGAGAUCGAGGAGAACCCGAUAGCAGUCUGAAGACGGCCGAACGGGUCAAGGAAGAAUACUGUUACGUGUGUCCAGAUAUCGUCAAAGAAUUUGCCCGCUACGACAAGGAGCCCGACCGAUUCCUCAAACAUACCGUCACCUCUCCCAAUGGAAGAUCCGUGACGAUCGACGUCGGUUACGAACGAUUCCUGGCCCCCGAAAUCUUCUUCAACCCCGAAAUCUACUCUUCGGAUUUCCUCACCCCGCUACCCACCGUCGUCGAUGGAGUCAUUCAAUCUUCGCCUAUAGACGUGCGCAGAGGUCUGUACAAAAACAUUGUCUUGUCCGGUGGCUCGACACUGUACAAGGACUUUGGCCGCCGAUUACAGCGAGACAUUCGACACUUGGUAGACGCACGCAUCCGAGCAUCCGAGGCUCGAAGUGGUGGAGCCAAGAGUGGUGGCCUGGAUGUGCAAGUGGUCACACACAAGCGACAACGACAUGGACCAUGGUUCGGUGGUAGUUUGCUCGGUCAGACCCCCGAGUUUCGAAGUUACUGCCACACCAAGGCCGAGUAUGAAGAGAUAGGACCUAGCAUUGUGAGAAGAUUUGCCUUGUUGGGUGGUCCAGGCAGUACGUAG